CUAUGUUGGUGUAUCGAGUUAUACCACCGCAAAGUUCCAAGCACCCGGAUUCGAGGUGUAGUUUGUGGUAGACUGGAUAACCUGCUCUAAUACGUCAGACCAUAUAAAUAUAUAAAUUUAUAUAUUUCUAUGCGUCAGACUCGCUCCUACGUCACUCCUUUUCUGACUUGAAGUCAGAAUAGCGCAGUGACGUAGGAACCAGCCAAACGUCAUUUACAGCAGGUUGUCCAGUCUAUAUAGUUUGUGGGUUCAUUGUGUUCUUUAACGAUGAGGGUCAAGGUCAUAAAAUGUCCGUUGAACGUAACGUCCGCUGACUUCAGCUCGAUGCGAGAAAGAUUAUUAGUAAAAUGGUCUGUUGUUUAUAUGAACUUAAUAAUGAAGUAUGCAAUAUUAUAUAGGGUUACCAUUAAAUAGGUGUAUGUAAUUUAUACGUCAGGGAUCAUUUGAAAUGGAAAAAACUCCUUCGGCACCUCCUGUACCUAAAGUAUCUAAAUUAAUUCCCAACAAAUAUAACCAGCAACCAUCAAAGAAAGGAAGACGAUUUUUGAAAGAGCUUCAAUUUAAACUAGUUGGUGCCAUUGAAUCACAUAAUUUAUUAGAAGUAAACAGAUUGAUUAAGAACGGGGUUGAUCUAGAUUGUAUUAUUUUAAUUCAUAAAACGCCGUUAAUCCAUGCUCUAGAAAAAUUCCCACUCCAACCUACACUUGCAGUUACUUUGAUGGAAGCCGGUGCUAAUGUCGAAAAGCCUGAAGUUGUUGCCAGGAGAAGGUUUCCAAUCCAUGUGGCGGUUAUGAGUGGUUCUUUGUUGUUGGUAAAUAAACUCUUAGACUUUAAAGCUAAUAUUGAUGGUCGAGAUGGUUCUGGUAUGACACCGCUUCAUUACGCCUGUUACUAUGGAUUCCAAGAUAUCGCAAGUGAACUUCUUAAACGCCAACCUGCUCAUUGCAUCCAUUACGGCGAUGACACACAACGCUGUGCAAUUCAUAGGGCUAUUGAAGGCAAACACUUUCAUGUUGCCGAAAUGUUAUUUAAACACGGUGCCUUGGUAAAUAGUGUUGAUAAAAGUGGCUGGUCGCCUUUAUUUCAGUGUAUAGUGUUCAACGAAGUGAGUAGUGUCAAGUAUUUAUUAAAUCGUGGUGCUGAUGUGAACCUUCAAGACGUUAAUGGAAAUACACCGUUACACAUAGCUUGCAAUCCACUGGCCAGAGAUCAUGUACGAGUAAUUCUAACAACGUCAGUAGACUAUUAUAAAAGAACAAGAAGAAUACCAACAGCUGAGCUUCAAGCUCUGUUCUUAUCAGAGCAGGGCGGAUUUUUAAAAGCAGUACAGUUUUUAGUUAAUGCAGGCGCUGACGUCAACAUAAAUAAUAAAAUUGACAUCCGUCCCAUUCACAAUACUCGUUCGGCACAUAUCAUGACGUAUUUAAUAGCAUGUGGAAGUGAAAUUGGUGUUAAUACCCUGACCAAUCUGGAGCUUUCAGGGGAGACUAAUCUGGUAGAAUCGGUACGAAACAGCAAUUCAUUCUCAGGACAGAUGACUUUACUGCACAAAUGCAGAAGCGUAAUUCGUAAUUGUCUGUCCCACACUCGUGAUGUAUAUUCUUCUGUAAAUAAAUUACCCCUUCCUCAAAAACUGAUCGAAUAUAUAAAUUUAGUAAAUUAUGAUUCCUAACAACAGCACAUGUGUCAGGUAUUUGAAUAAUUAAUAUUGAAUGUCCUUCCGUAACUCUGUAGAUUCAAAUACGUUAAUUUGAUAUCUGUAUACACAACAUAUCAGUCUAUUGCAGAACCAAAAUGAAAAUUCCUGUUAAACAAUAUUAUAUGAAAUGGUCAUUGAGGGAUUUUUGUAUGUAAAUUUGAUAAUAAAUGUACCACCAUAUCAACUUCAAAA